ACCUGCUCUCGUCUACAUUGCAGUCAAGGCGAGGUGCAUCUCAAAGUAGUUGUCAACAGGGAUUUAGAAACAGCCCAUUUAUGAGAAGUGGUAUUGAGUCAUCUGAGCGAGACACGGGUUCCAUCUGUGAGGCAUUGUGAAGUGCGGGGUAAAGGGUUUGGCAGAAAACUACCUCCUUGCUCACAAUAAAAGGUGGAAAAUAUCUCCUGACUCCUACUCCUUAAUCAGAGUGCUGAAGUGGUCAGCAACAUUGAAGAACCGACAUGCUAAAUUAAGCAAUACCCAACAGCAUAUAUUUGCUGAGGACCAUAUUUAGUUUUAUCAGUCAAUAGGGAUGUACCAGGGUUGCUCUGGUAGAAAACCAACUAUCUGUUACCAUAAACAAGAAGACGGAACAAGAUCAAGACUCGACUCUUUCCACUGCAUUGACACCUCAACAUGGAAAACAGCAGUUUUGGGCUUAAAAAUGUGACUGGAAACUCAACAGACAAGAGCACUGUGGAUAACAAGGGAUUUGAUAUUUUUUUUGCCUGCAUUUUCACUGUAACCGUGGUAGUGGGUGUCAUUGGAAAUGGGCUGGUCAUAUUUCUGGCCGGCUGCAGAAUGAAGACGACUGUCAACUCCAUUUGGUUUCUGAAUUUGGCGAUUACAGACUUCAUCUUUUUUUUACUUUCAAUCACAAAUUAUUUCUUAAUCGUGAGUAAUCAGCACAGUGUCUUCACAGGCAGCCUUUUUAGCAUUUCAUUUACACAAAAUGUGUUUGUUAGCGUUUGGACUCUUGUAGUUAUUAGUCUGGAUCGAUGCCUGUGCACAUGGAUGGCUGUUUGGGCUCAAAAUAACAGAACUUUGCGUAAAGCCAGAAUCAUCUGCAUCAUCAUCUUUGUUUCAUCCAUAGUCUACAUUUUACCUUACUUCAACCUUUUUGAGACUACAUUUACAAUUCGUGCCACAUAUGGAUUUAUAUUGUCCUUUCUCAUCCCCUUCCUGAUCAUUGCAUCUUCAUACAUCGCUAUUGGAGUAAAAAUCAAUCGCCUCAAAAAGAGGAAGCAGCUCAAGCCAUACAGACUCAUUAUAACUGUAAUCCUGACUUUCUUCAUCUGUUCAUUUCCACAACAUGUUUGCUAUUUUUUGAUGGCAAAAGCAGAAAAGAAUAAUUGGACUCUCCCUUAUCAGUUUUGGAACAUAUUUAUUUUUACUCUCUACCUGGUUAAUCUCAACAACAGUCUGAACCCAUUUCUCUAUGUGUUCAUGUGUGAUGAUUAUAAGAAGAAGCUGAAACAAUCUCUGCUGCUGGUGCUGGAGACGGCGUUUGCUGAAGAUCAUCUGGACAUUAAAGAUAUAAGACAGACACAAACAGAUGAGCAAGAGAUGAAAACCACACAUGAAUUGCUAAAAAUGUAGAAUCUUUUUUUUUUUUUGGGGGGGGGGGGGGGGGGAUCUUUUAAAUCAUUGCUAAUACUGCAUAUAAUUAUCACAGUUAAACAGUAACUGUCAUCUGUAUUUAGCAUAAUUUUCUGUCUAAGACAUCUCUUGUAAAUUAUAGAUUUAUAAAUCCAGGUUUUGUGCUUGGUUUAGUUUUGUGUUCUUGUUUUCAGUGUCUGUAUAUUCACUUAGGGCUGAUUUCAUUGUUUAGUUCAGUGUGUGUAUUUAAGUCUCAGUCUGUUUUUGUAGAAUUUUUUUUGACGUUGACCUGUUUGUCUAUUUUAUUAGAUUAAAAGCAUUGCUGUGUGCAUAAUUUAUUUCUAUUUUCUUUAAUCAGUACUAACACUUUGUUUAUUAGUCGGAUGACCAGUUAUGGAUUUUUUAUGAUAUCGGCUAAAUAGUUAAAGUCAUUUUAAAGCUUUUUUGUUUAAGUCUUGUUAAUUCUUGUUUAGGUGGCAGAUUCCAGACACUAGUUGUGUCAUGUUUCAAAUGUUGUAAUCUCUCUUUCAUGUCUGUCAUGCCAAAUCCUGUCAAGCCUAGUAUGAGUGUGUAUUAAUGCUGUUUUUCCCCAGGAAUGUUUCAGUUGUUUUGCUUUGUUUUUGGAAAAUAAAAUCCUUCAUUUCUGCAA